GUUCAAGCGCACGCCGCGCCAGAUCGGCCUCAAGCUCGUGCGUCUCAAGAAGAAGGGCUCCACCAAGACCCAGGACUAUUACAUCUCCCGCUUCCGCAAGCACGUGGCCCCAGUCUUGGACGUCGUCAGGAGCUUCGGCAUCAAGUCGGCCACCAAGGUGCUCAACGGGAAGAAGAGCUUCGAGGCACAAGGAGACAUCAUGUUUGAUCAUUUGGCAACGGACCUCUUGGAAAGCUGCGACCUCUUCAACCUCCAGGCCGCGCAAACGGUUGAGGACCUAGUCGAGAAGGUGACUGCCGAGAUGCCGCCAGAUGAGUUGCCUGAGGGCGAGAUGGGUGAGAAGGGGGGCUCAGACUCUGACGCGGCCCCGGGCACCCCAGAGGGCAGCGGCCUGGGGCUGACCGUUCCAGGCUCGAACAGGAAGUCCGACGCUGCCAGUGGAAUGGCUCGCCAGAGCGCUGUCGAGAGUCGAGUCGAGAGCCUCGUCGACGAGAACGUGUUCAUCGGGACCGCGCCGCCGAAAGGGACAGCCGACUACUGGAUAUGGAAGUCGCCGCUCGGGGCCAUCGCCGAGAAUACCAUUACCAUUGGCAACCAGGAAAAACAGAUCGACACUUUGCUGCCCAAGCUCGACGAUAACGACAGGAACCGCUUGAAGACCCACAAAUUGCACAUGCAUCGUGCGAAGCAGUUCAGGGAGGGCAACAUCCAGAGCUUAUCUGCCAUGGAAUUGAAGGUUGAAGCCGACAAGUUACAGAAGGCAGGCAUCCAGUGGAUGAAGAUGACGCUCAUUCGCUUGUGCGUGGCCCACGCGGACCUCGAUCUCACUGACUUCACGAACCAUAACCUCCCAGUGGCUCAGAGAACGGCCAGCCUCCAGGAGGCGCUCCAGAGGCUGCAGCUUCACCGCGACCCCGAGGAGAUCGGGGACUUCCAGAUCACGGACCCUUUGAUGCGUCGGCUCCCAAUUUCCGACGCAGCGGCCGCGUCGACUUUCCAGGCGACAUUGUUCAAGGGCCAUUUGUGUUCUUGGAUCGGACUGGGCGAGGCGGGUGCCCAGAACAUCGUGCUCUUCAGGGACGCGUUCAACUUAGUGAACGCCAUCGGCGCUGAAGCUGAGAUUGGGUCGGACAGCUCGUAUAUGAUUUCGCAUGGGAAGCGGAUUCUUGAUUGUCUGGCAUUCAUCUCCGAAGGCAGCCUCCAGGACGCGUUCAAGGACAAGACUAUGGAUGACGUUGUAGAGCUGGAUUUGGCGAGCGAGAGCGUCGAUUGGAGCCGAAAGCUGGAGGACGUCAAGGCCAACGUGGAGAAUUUGAAGAAGGUUGCGCCUAUAGUCGCUGCGGCUUCCACUGCCAUGAGCGCAAUGGGCAGCCCAACCGUCGAGGCCGCGGAGCAGCUCUACGGGCACGCAAAGGACCUCCCAGACAUUCACGCCAAGGCGAAGGGCGCGGCCGACAGCUUCGAGAUCACCCUCAAGACCAAGGCCACUACUCUGAUCAGCAAGCUCGUGGACGGCGCCCCAGUCGAUGACAUCGGUUCCGUGCCAGACGGGGAUAUGAACGAUACGAUGGCGACCUUGGAGGCCUUCCUGAGGCUCGCUAAGCAGCUCACAGAAUGUUGCAUCGACGUUAGCAGCAUCACGCCUCUGCAGAAGAAGUUGGACACUGUUCUCAAGGCGUUCCAGUCUCACAGGCACCAGGCAGGCGUCAGCGAGAAGAUGAAGUCCUACACCCUGGGGGACGAGAACGAUGCCAAGGAGCUUUCGAAGUUGCUGAUGUCGUUUGACGUUUCAAAGCUUGAUAAGGUGGGGCGUGAGGCAGCGCUGGCCCUGUUCAUGCGCAUCAUCGCCCAGGCGCCUUGCACCGACUUCAAGGUGAAAGAUAUCGAGUUCGAAGUGGAGCUGCUCCGGGCAUUGGUCUCUGCAGUGCCCGCGGCGCGCAUGAAGGACUGCAGCAUCGUCUCCCAAAUCAUCUCUUGCGCGUCGAAGUCCUUGGCGAUUGUUGGAUUGCUGGGUGAGCAGCUGCAGGGCAUCGCCGAGGGCGCCUCUGUGCCAGACGAGAGCGCUGUGGUUCAGCGCCUGGUCGAGCUGGAUCGCGAGCUGCUUCUCUCAAAUCCGCUGAUCAACAAGGCCGUGGAUGAUGACAUGAGCGCUUUGUUCGAUAAGGCGAAGUUGGCGUUGAAGGAUGCCAGGGCCCAGCACCAGCAGGUGAGCCAGCGUUUGUGCCACGGCGCCCUGGCCGUCCACGCAGAUGCCCAGGACAAGCUGAUCAAUUCCGUUGACAAGGAGUCGUCGUGGCAGGAGUUCGUCGCAGCGGCGAACGACGGCGGCAAGUCGUGGGAGGACGUGCUCCGCGUCGCUGGCGACACCAUCAGCAAGUGGGACCAGACCCACCUCGAAAACAGGUUCCAGACGCUCAAGGUCAAGGUCGACAAGAAGAGCCUCGCGCUGAAGGAGGGCAUCAAGACUGUCGAGUCCGCGGUGGCCACGCGGAAGAUCAUGACCGUCAUCCAGGAUCCGAGCUCCACGGACGCAGUGUGGAAACGUGAGCAGAUGGUGCUGGUCCGCUCCUGGCUCAAGAACUCGAGGAUUGCGCCUGCCGUCCUGCGCCCGCGCGUGAAGCUGGCGUACGACGACUCGCUCACGAUUUAG